AUGAGAUUAAAAGUAGAUAAUAAAGUGGUAUCUAUCGAUAAUAAUGCGACACUUAAUGAUUUGAUCGAAGAGAUUGGGGCCCCCGAUGCUGUGGCAAUUAGAUUUGGAUAUCCGCCACUUAGACUUGACAUUGAAGAAAAUAGUAAAGUGGCAAAAUUGGUUGAUAUUGGGUUAAGUUCAGGUGAAAAAGUAAGAAUAGUAAGGAAUGGUGGUGAUGUAGUCAAGCCAUCUAUGCCAAAAUUAAAAGAUUCUCAGGCAAUAAUUGAAGAUAGUAAUGUGGGACGUGCCAUAUUACAAGUACAUACUGUCCCUGAUGAUAAUUCAUGUCUUUUUCAUUCGAUAUCGUAUUCAGUAUAUAAAGAUAUUUCGUUAUCUUUAGAAUUACGACAGAUCGUUUCGAGUGAAAUACAAAAUAAUAAAGCUGAGUACAAUGAUGCCAUAUUGGGAAGACCUAAUAGGGAAUAUGCGGCAUGGAUACUUGACUUAAGUUCAUGGGGUGGCGGAAUUGAAAUUGCGAUACUAUCAAAACACCUUAAUGUUGCCAUCUAUGUGUUAGACGUUGAUAUUAAUAAGUUUGAAAAAUUUAAUGAUGAUAAAUUUAACGAUUUUAUUAUUAUUUUAUUUAAUGGUAUUCAUUACGAUUGUAUGGAAGUAGAUUAUGGUAAGACAGUUUUCCAAAAAAAUGAUGAGAAAUUAACGAGCCAGAUUCUGUCCAAUUCAUUGGAUAUUGCCAAGAAAUUGAAAGCAAAUGGGUAUUGUUUCAAUACGCAGAAGGCUAAGAUCAUUUGUAAUGUCUGUCGCAUGAAAUUUGUCGGAGAGAGAGAUGUCGCCAAGCAUGCAGAAUCCACAGGACAUACUGAUUUUGGUCAAGCAUCGACAUGA